UAUAUAAUAUUUAUUAGUAUUUCACAUAUUUUAUACAACAGAAAACAUUAAAAAUGUGAAAAAAAAUUGGAUAAAUUAAAAAUAUCUUCUAAUUCACACAUAUAGGACAAAUUGGCAAAAUCACAAUAUCAUUUUACAGAAAAGCAUUGCACUUUGCCUCAAGUUAUUCAUCACAGAUAACCCUCUUUUUGAUUGUACAAGAUAUCUAAUCGAGGGAAAAAAACUAAAGAAUAAAUUGGGCCAUUUCAUGAAACAAAAACUACCACGUUAUUUUUAAUUGGACAUUCUGUAUAUUACAUUAACACGUUAUAUAAGUUUUUAACAAAAUUAUGUCGUCUAUUGUAUAGUGUCAAAUUAAAAAAUAAAUAUAUAAAUAUAAAUGAAAAUAUUUCACAUAAUUGCGUAAUUAUAUUGGGCAAUCAUUAUUUUAUAUUCAAGGUAUGCGAAGACCUUAAAAAAUGUUUUAUUUUAAACAAUGUUUCAAAUGAACCAUUCGUGGAAUUUUAAUGACACAAAAACAUACAGGUGGACGUUAAAUUUGAAAAAAAAAUAAUUUUAUUAACAGUUCGUCUGGAUUAUAAAACAUCCAAGCUAGUUUUUUGUCACGUAUGACUCAAUUAAUUCUGUAGAUAUCACUUAAAGACGACCCAAACAGAAAAAAAAAAUAACCACUUUGAUUUCUGUUACGAGAAACUCUUAUUUACAAAGCAAGACACAGACAGACAUUGAGAGGGAAAAAAUAUUUAUAUUUUACAUUCAUUUCACAUUUUUGUUACUAUGUACUCUAUACAGGUUUUUAUUUAAAUCGUUUCGACCUUUGAAUAAAUUCCAAUCAUUUAUAUUGACGUUGUUUAAAUCACAUUUCAAUAAUUUAAACAAACAAACAGUUUACGUGGUAGAUAACCUCAAUUUAAUAAUAUCAAAUAAGGAAGAAUAUAACUUAACAACAGUGACAAAAACUAUAAGAUAAAAAAGUAUCAACACAAGCAAAAACGUGAAAAUGAUCAUGACAUUUUUUAUUAGUUAACUUCUUUUAUGAAAAAUAUAACAAGGUUGUCAGAUUGUGUAGAAUUUUCAUAUUUGCAAGUUAAGAUCGAUUCAGAACGUCCGAAAAAAGGUGAGAAAAACUAAUGGUUUGCUCAUGUGGUGUAUUUAUCAGGUAUUCAUUGUAUAAAUAUAUGAUUUUUGUUUGUUGAAAUAAUACAAAACGAAUCUUCAGCAAAAGUUAAUAACGUGUUGCCAAUUCUGUUAACAAUUCUUUGCAUCAUCUGUGUAUAUAAUAAAAUAGAGAAGCUGUUCGUCUUCAUUUUAAGUCUCUUUUAAUUUAUCUGUAUUUUGAAACUUGUUUUCUAUCAAAAAAGGCGAUUUAUCAAAAGAAACAUAAAAAGGUAUUAAAAGUAAGAAGUUAAAGAUAUUCAUUAGUUUUUAUUACAAAAUAUUUAAACGAAAUCUGGCAACCCUGUGUCUAGUGUGUUGUCUUCAACAUAAGUUAUAUAUAGUCCAGGAGUUUUAUGAAAACUAUCAAUGAAUAUAAAAACUAAUUGGGAAAAAAUAAAUCAAGCACAUCUGGAAGAAGUUUUCUUUAAAAUAAAAUCACAAACAGGUAAGAGAUACUUGUUAAUAGAAUAUUUUUUUUUGUUUUAUAGAGUACAAAGUAACAUUAAACAUUUAAUUAAUUCGGGACGACAUUUAAGAAUCUGUCAAUUACUCUGAAAGUCUGUCAUUUUUUAUUCACUUUUAUUAUAUUACAUUUACACUCUUCCAAAUAGAAAUAGAAGCGUUCUUAAAAAAUAAAAAAUAAAUAUUUACAACGUAUAUCGUUUUUAAUUUCUACAUAAUAUUACAUUUAUACAAACGUAUAUUACUAUUACUAACAUUUUUUAUUAUUAAUUUCAUUAAUAGUACUUUUACGGUCCCUGAGCGUUUUGAUAACAAUUAUUAUCUCGAAAUAUGUCUCAAACAUUAGUGUCGUAUAUGAUCAAUAUUUUGAGGUUAUGAAAAAUAUCAAGUAAAACAAAACAUUUACGAAUCGUUUAGCUCUACAGUGAUACAAAAAAGGAGGAAAUAUGUAUACAUACAUACAAUUUUAAUAAAGUGAAACGAUUUUAAGGUUAGGUGUGAAAGUUCCAAAUCACAGUUUAUGUACGAUCGAAUUGACAUCAUACGCGAAAUAUAUUGGCAAGGGCGUUAACAUCAUAUCUGCGGCUUAUUUAAAUAUUCAAAAAAGUUGAACUACAAUCUGUGUCAAUACAAUGGAGAUGUUUUUUUUUUUCAAUUUUUUUUUAACAAAAUUUGACCGGCCUAUAACGAGUCUGGCGGUAAAUUGUGACAGCGACAAGUAAAGAAUAUGGCGUCAAUUCAUGCCUAAUUCACGACUGGCUAGGGAAUAUGAGAUAUAUAAAUUAGGCAACGUUGUAAAUUUCUGGUGAUAAAUGAUUUGAUACGUAAACUAUAGUGAUUCAGAUAUGAAUAUUUAAUUAUGAAUUUAUGUUUUGAAAAUUAAAUUCAAGUGUUUAGUCCAUAACGCAACUGUAAGUGCAUUUCAUCAAGUGUUAUUCGUCUCCGUAAGGCCAAGGCAAGAACUAAAUUUGAGGUUAGAAACUUUUAAGAACUUAGUACACUUAUCAACUGAUAAUAACGUGGAUAUAAAAGAAAAAAGACAACAAUUAAUGUCUCGUGGAUUACCUAAGCAAAAACCUAUAACAGGAGUUAAAAAUAUAAUCCUCGUGUCAUCCGGUAAAGGAGGUGUCGGUAAAAGCACAACAUCAGUUAAUAUAGCAACGUUUUUAAAACAUAUAAAUCCCAAUAAAGGAAUCGGUCUUUUGGAUACAGAUGUAUUCGGUCCUUCUAUACCUUUAAUGAUGAAUUUAAAUGAUCAACCGUUUAUAAACAAAGACAAUCUAAUGGAACCCCUCGUAAAUUACGGAGUUAAAUGUAUGUCCAUGGGUUUCCUCGUAGGUAAAGAAGCGCCUGUAAUAUGGAGGGGUCUUAUGGUAAUGCAAGCAUUAGAAAAAUUGAUUAGACAAGUCCAUUGGGGUACUUUGGAGUAUUUAAUAGUAGACACACCACCUGGAACUGGAGAUACACUUCUAAGUCUUGUACAGAACUUACCCAUAACAGGUGUUGUUCUGGUGACUACACCCCAAACGGCUGCAUUGGAAGUAACAAAAAGAGGAGCCGGUUUAUUUAAAAAACUGAACGUACCUAUAAUAGGUAUAGUCGAAAAUAUGAAUUAUAUAAAAUGUACUGCUUGUUUUAAAAAUAUCGAUCUGUUUGGGAAAGGUACCACGAAAUUAGCACAUGAGCUAAGUUGUACUAUAUUAGCUAGUCUUCCUUUAGAUCUGGGUAUAUCUUCAAGUACCAAUGAAGGAAUUCCAAUAGUUGCGAGUGAUAAAGAAAGUGACGUUAGCAAACUUUAUGAAAUUAUAGCACGUUGUAUCAUCAAGUUUGUCGAAAAUAAAUAAGUAAA